UCCAAAAGUGGACAUGGUAAAUUGGUUCAAAGGAAGACACUCCCAGCAGUAAGGCCAACUGCUUAUUCCUUAUUUUGUAAGGAAUACUCCAAGGAUCAUCCUGGCUUUAAUCCUUCAAUAUGGAAAAUGGAGUGGGAGGCAGCUGGAGAGAAGGAGAAAGAGAGGUGCGCAAAGAUGGCGAGGGAGAUGUCAGAAGAGGGGGGAAGUGUAUCAACAAAUGAUGAUCCCACUACUCAGAAGAAGACCAUUAGAACCCUUCUGAAGCAACUGGAAUGGACUAGUAGGCGAUUGGAAAAUAUGGGCUUGCCCAAUUUCGCUUUGGUGGCUGAAAAUAAUACUGUCCACAGCGUUGGAACAGGGAGGGGUCGAGAAUUCCUUGAUCGUGAGGAUAUUGAACCAAAUUUCAGCCGAUUUUGUAAUCAAGAUUAUUCUACUCCAGAGAAAUCAAAAGUCAAUGAGCUGCGAAAGACAGUUCAAGUACACAUGAACGAAUUAUACAGAAAGGCUUCAGGCAAAGCAGGGUGCUUUCCCUACAAGAUGGUGCGUAAAGGGGAUAUUGUGGUGGAGGGACUUCCCCAGGCUGUCUUACCUUUGCACCCUCCAUCACACUAUGGAGAAGAAAAGCUGCAGCUGUUGUUAUCUUGUCCCAGCAUUUCAAUAAAGUAUGUGUAUAAUGGUCAUAUUUGA